AUGCUCGCUUGCAGCCGCCGCCAUCAUGUUCUCCAAAAAAAAGAAAACUCGAAUCCAGAUCUCGGAUCCGUCGAAUUUUGAACACCGCGUUCACACGGACUUUGACGCCCAGGAGCAGAAGUUCGUCGGGUUGCCGCGACAAUGGCAGUCGCUCAUCGAAGACACGGCCAAAAGGCCCAAACCUUUCAUCGACGCCACCGUCAUCACGACUGUAGAGCCGAGAAAGACGAUCGUGCGCGGCAGCAAGCUGGGAGCAGACAGCUCUUUAACAUGGCUGCUGGAUGAGUUUGACACCAUGUCUGUGACCCGGUCCAACUCCCUGCGACGAGGCAGCCCACUUCAGACCCGCAGGGACUCGAGCUCUUCAGGCGGAGGCGGGCAGGAGAACGGGGAUCCUCACCACAGACACCCCUCGCACUCGGACAGGGACCGACCCAGGCAGGAUCACCCGCCUGGAGGUGAGCCCCGCCACGGUCAGCGGGCCGUCCGUCCUCCUCAGAGAGACGAGGAAAUCCAGGGUCGGCCCCACCAGCAACCUCGGGGCCAGGAGCCCAGCAAGGCCCAACGAGAGAGGACUGGGCCAGGCCAUCCUCCUCCACCACCUCACAGAGACCGGGAUCAUCGAGACCGGGAUCAGGAGUCGGCGGUUCGCAGAGAUCCGCCCGGAGACCUCAGGCCAAAGUCCAGCUACGUCCCUCGGGAGGGCAGUCCUCAGUCUCCCAGGGACAAGAGGCCCCUGUCGGGACCCAACAUCCGAACCCCAAACCUGCCGAUAACGGAAGGGGUGAUGAAGACGGCGCAGCAGACCGCCCGGCCGUUCAAUACGUACCCGAGGACGGACAGCGACGGAGCACGCAGUCCCACAGGACAGGUGGUCCGACACCACGAGGCCUCCCCUCAGAAUGGACCUUCCAGCGGUUCCACCCGAGGCUCCUCCAGCUCCAAGCCCCCGGCCUCCCAGCAGCCUCAUCACACCUCCCACCCCAUCCUGACCCCCGAGUCCUCCCAGUACCCGCACACCCCGCACCCCAGCGUUCCCGCCCCACGGCCCCCGGUCCCACCCGCUGCACCCGCAGGCUCGGGGGCCCCUCCUCAGGGCCACUCCCCGCAGAGGGAGCCCCAGAGGGUCUCCCACGAGCAGUUCAGAGCGGCGCUGCAGAUGGUGGUGGAUCCUGGAGACCCGCGGACCUUCCUGGACCACUACAUAAAGAUCGGUGAGGGGUCCACGGGGAUCGUGUGCAUCGCCACGAUGAAGACCAACGGGAAGCUGGUGGCCGUGAAGAAGAUGGACCUGAGGAAACAACAACGCAGAGAGCUUCUCUUCAACGAGGUGGUGAUCAUGCGGGACUAUCACCAUGACAACGUGGUGGAGAUGUACAAAAGUUACCUGGUGGGAGAUGAACUCUGGGUCGUCAUGGAGUUCCUGGAGGGCGGAGCUCUCACCGACAUCGUGACGCACACCAGGAUGAACGAGGAGCAGAUCGCCACCGUGUGUCUGUCUGUCCUGAAGGCUCUGUCCGUCCUGCACGCCAAGGGCGUGAUCCACCGAGACAUAAAGAGCGACUCCAUCCUCCUCACUCACGAUGGCCGGGUGAAGCUGUCAGACUUUGGAUUCUGCGCUCAGGUGUCAAAGGAAGUUCCGAGGAGGAAGUCUCUGGUUGGAACGCCGUACUGGAUGGCGCCGGAGCUCAUAUCCAGACUUCCGUAUGGACCCGAGGUGGACAUCUGGUCUCUAGGCAUCAUGGUCAUAGAGAUGGUGGACGGAGAGCCACCAUACUUCAACGAGCCGCCGCUCAAAGCCAUGAAGAUGAUUCGAGACAACCUGCCGCCCAAACUGAAGAACUUGCACAAGGUCUCCCCUGUCCUCAAAGGCUUCCUGGACCGGAUGUUGGUGCGAGAACCGGGUCAGAGGGCCACAGCCAACGAGCUGCUCAAGCACCCCUUCCUGCAGAAGGCCGGUCCUCCAUCCUGCAUCGUCCCCCUGAUGCGUCAGAACCGGAUGAGAUGAGACGAACUGAGACACUGAAGACCUCUGGACUCUGAAGGGACUCAGGUGGAGCAGAAUUCUCCCGCACACCGAGGACAAGGCUCGGCCCGAAAACAAAAAGACUCCGAACAACGAGCCGUGCGGGACGAUUCUCUGGACCUUAACGUGAGUCGCUGAACUGUGGGGGGUGUCACCUGACCAUGAGGCAAUAAGGUGUGUGUGUGUGUGUGUGUGUGUGUUCUCCGUGGAGGACCAGGGCGGGUUAAAGCCUCGUCGAUGUUUUCUAAGCGGACAGCAGCUGGAUUUUGUGAAGGUGGGGGUUUUGCACACCAAUCGGAUGAUCUGAAGGAGCCGGAGGAACUUUCUGGACAAUCUGCGAACUUUUUCCACUACAGAGGCGUCUGUCAGCGUCUCGUCGAGGAGUUCCUACAUGGAGAUGACCUUUGACCUUUGAACUGUACAGAAGGCUUCGUGUUGUUGCAGCCGUCGUCCUCCUGUAAACACCGUGAAGACAUAAACACUGGAGUUGUGGUAGCAGACGAUCUUUUCACCGUUUUCUCGAUUAGUUUUUCUCGUGGAAGCUCGGUGAACCUGUAGAGAGACCACUUUUAGGUAAAGCCUUUGUUUUGUGUGUUUUUAUAAUAAUUUGUGUCUGUUUUAGUUUAGAGCGAGAUCUGAUUACUCUCUUAAAGCACUGAUGAUGAUGAGAGAUGCGUAGAAGCUGCACCCCCUCUUCAUUUCAGAUCAGCACACGACUACACUAAACGUUUAAUUUAGUUUUUAUUUUAUUAACUGUUACAUUAACCUCACGGCACAAACAGACCCGUAACACCAAAUCCACAUGAGUUACUCCCCGGAGUCAUCGCUGGGUUUUUAGAAGAAUAGGACCUUCAACACUUUAUUAAUUUAAAUGUUUUAAUGUUGAUCAUGAAGUCGAACACAAGCCAAGUUGUUUUUUUUGUGUGUUUUCUCCCGCUGCGGUGGCGUCUUCCUGUCGGAUUGAUGCUGCUGAGCCUAACGGCGUGUCUAAUUAAUGCCUCGUUAGAGACAAACCGCUCCCGGAUCCAAAACCAAGCGUGACUCGGCGAACCGCCCGGCACGAGCCUCAAACUGCGAGCUUUACUCAGCAGAAAUUAAAGCAGAUUAUCUUUUCGUGUAACUGGAUUAGCAGGCCGAUUAAAUGUGCUCACAAGUCUUUAAUGGGCUUAAAUUAGUGUCAGUAAUGUGCAAACUUGAACAAACUGUUCUGAAGGACAAGCCUCGAUUCGAUUAUUUAGUUUUUACAUCCAAAGUGCAACACGCUGCCUUAACCAGAACAUUUUCCUUCUUUCUUUUCCUCCUUCAGUCUGAACUUUAAUUUAUGUAAAACACGACAUUCCUCUUUGAUUUUUUCAUUCCAGUGAGA